AUGAUGCCGUACGAGGCAGAUUACCGGCCACCGCUGCCUCCGGCAUCGGAAGGCGGCCCAGGCUACUAUUACAAUGCGCCGCCCAUGAAUAUGCCGCCAGAAUCGUCGUACUAUGGCCCACCGCCGCAUGGUAUGGCGGAAGCGCAUGGUGCGUACCACAACAGAAUGCCGGAGAUGCCGAUGCAUCCGGCAUCGCCACCGCAUAUGCGAUACGCACAUGAGCCGAUGGAGUACAUGGCCAUGCACAACGGUCCGGACCUGCAUCGACCCCCGCCGCCCAUGCCGGAGGAUGCGAUGAUGCCCAUGGAGAUGGGUAUGUCCCUCCCUAUGGGCCAUGGUGGCAUGCCCGAGAUGAUGCCGAUGCAUCAUGGUGGGCCUAUGAUGCCGGCUCGACGUGGCCCCACGUCGUCGCAUCGCACGUCGUCCAAGCGCGGCCCGCCCAGUAUGGCCGAACCUGUGUCGUCCAAACGUGAUCGCAAACGCAAGGAAAUUUUGGAGCGAUUGGAGCGGACGCAUUGGGAUGAUAUGGAAAACCGCGACACAAUCUACCAGGAGACAUACAUGGGCCUUGCAUCGACGUACCAAGCGCUGAUGAUGCGCCCGUCGAUGGUCCGUGAAUACGCUAUGGAGGUGGCCGAUAAGGCCGUAAAUCGCACAGCUACCCUUCGUGCCAACUCAUUAUACCAUGCCUUCCUGCUGGAACGCAGCCAUCACUUGUACCAGGCAGAGCGGGGCAAAGUGGAAGACGAGGCACGUCUUGCAAAACGGAGCACGCGUGAUAAGCUGCUAGCGGUGAUUGAAGAGCGAAAGCGCCGGCUACGUGAGGAACGAGAUGGUGGCGACUUUGCCUCUGACUUUUUACUGGAAUCGACGCAGCGGCAGUCCACACGCCAACUGCGCAACAAGAGCGCGAGUGUCAAUGCUCCGGCGACGCGUUUAAGCAGGCUGCUAGACGACGACGAUGCAAUGACAGGUGGGCGUCAAGGCAUUACUCAAGCGGUGGCCUACCUGCUUGGCUGGUCCGAGCUGGAAGUCGCUGUGACGAUCGCUGCCGCUAGUGCAGAGGGUGAAGAUGGUAUGCUUCUAUGUAAAUCGGCCGACGGUACUACGACGGCCCUGCCACUGCAAGCAACGCUAGCCUCGCAAACGUCGCUGCUGGCCGGUGUCAAUGUGAACACAAAUGUUGCCGCGAGUAAGAACAAGAAGAAAGGCGCUGCUGCCAAGGUCAGUGCUGCCAAUGGCUCGGAACGUUCAGGGGACGACGAGGAUACCAGUACUCCACUUCUUUCCUCAGGUGGUGGCCGUUUGCGGUGGGAUACGGCAAAGUGCCUAGCGCAGCUCACCUCUGCGAAGGACAUUGAGAUUGAAUCAGACCUGAUUAAUAUCAACAAAAUCGGGACCAAGCGUCGACGCCGCUAG